AUGGACAACCGAAGAGAUGAAGAAAAUAAAAAUGAACAAACCUCAACGAUUUUUAUUACAAAUUUUCAAAAUGGGGAAACAAUAAAUUAUUCUCUGGUUCUUAUAAAAGGUUUAAUAACCGCUGGACCGUGUAACAAUAACAAAAUAAGAUGUACAGUUGACAGCAACGGAAACAAACACACUUCAGAUUGGGAUGUUUGCAAUAGAGAGUUUAAGACGAUAGUUUCUCUUAAACUUGGUGAAAAUUGUAUAGAAUUUGAAUAUGUUGACCAAAUAAAAGUAAUAAAAUUGUCAUAUGAACCCAGAAGAACUAAUCUCAGAGUAUGUCCCGUAUAUAUUAUAUGUCAGGGACACGAUGGGUGUUUUCAAAGUCCCCCCGAUGUUGACAACAGUAUUGAGAGCGCUUGUAAACGUAUAGCUAUUGGUGCCAAAAUAAUUCAAAGUUUAACUGCCGAAAAACUAUUUGAAAGUGGAGUAGGAAGAAAAACAUUUCAACUUGAACAUGAGGUUAAUCAAAAAAGGGAAAGCUGUAUUGUAUUUAAAAGCAACCUUAAUGUAAACAAAGCCCGAAAAAUGAGGCAAGGAGAACUAUGGACCCAUUUUGGCAGGGAACUAAUGCUUUCAGAUUUAGGAAGUAAUGACAGAAAAUUUUUAGGCUUCAUUUCAUGUACAAGAUUCAAAGGAACAGAUGUUGAUAAGCCAAUGACGCAUGAAGAAAUUGUAGGUCUCACAGAAGCUUAUGCAGCACUGGGCGGUGGUGGACUGGCUUUGUUCGGAACGGCUUGUAUGUAUACUUGGCCCAAUUCGGUGGAAGAAAUCAUUCCUAGAUUCCUGGAUUCCACGCCAGUUAAUUCAAAACGAUUUAUGGAUGACAGUGGCUAUAGAGGAACUUUGGGAGCAUGUUUUGCAACAACCUUAGGUUCUGUUUUUCAUGAAUUAGGCCAUACGUUUGAUCUUGGCCAUACAAAAGACGGUAUAAUGGGAAGAGGUUUCGACAACAUUGAUCGUGUCUUUCUAGUUGGAGAUAAAAGAUCGGCUUUAGUGAAAGACAAUAUGAAUAACUAUAAUGGUAAACCUGUUCAACAUUCCACAGUAUCUCUUCAACGCAACAUAAAUGUUACAAUGAAUGUAGCAGAACCAUUAAGAGUUUUAGGGCCACGCAGUAAAACGACGCUUGGAAACUUUGCGUCUAUGUCAAAAUCUGACAUCGUAAGAAGAAGUCCGAAUGUCACCCCAAUUACGAGACCUUCCAGCGUCUACUCUACUAUCACAAAUAGGCUCUCAGAAUCCAAGAAAAGUCUUAAUCGUUCCAAUUGUAAUGAUUCUAUAUAUUGGACAAAAAAUUGUGCAGUUCUCUUAUCGUAUCAUAGAUGGUUUAACAAUGAAUAUGGCAGAGAAAGACAAGCUAUCACCAGAUACUUGAAGUUCGACAAAAACAGAAUGAUGAUAAUAUCAACGGCUGGCAUAAGAAUAGUGGAAGUAAGAGACGAGUCUAAUGGUAUGGUUUUAGAUUCAUAUGAAUUUACAAACCCUUUACCGGAAAAAAGAUUUCUAGUACCUUUUACUUUUUCUCCGAAAAGCAAAGUGCUAACUAUUGUUGUCGAAGACGACCUCGGAAACGUCUUGAAACAAACAUUUUCUUAUUAA